GCCGCUGCUACCGCCCACUCCGGGCUGGCCAGCUGCUGGCGGCCGGGGGCUCAGAGGAGGGCCCGGCAGGGCAAGCGCACGGCCAUGGCCCCGUGGCUGCAGCUCUGCUCCGUCUUCUUCACUGUCAACGCCUGCCUCAACGGCUCGCAACUGGCCGUGGCCGCUGGCGGCUCUGGCCGCGCCCGGGGCGCCGACACCUGUGGCUGGAGGGGAGUGGGGCCGGCCAGCCGGAGCAGUGGGCUGCACAACCUCACCUUCAGAUACGACAACUGUACCACCUACUUGAAUCCAGUGGGGAAGCACGUGAUUGCCGAUGCACAGAACAUCACCAUCAGCCAGUAUGCUUGCCACGAUCAAGUGGCAGUCACCAUUCUUUGGUCCCCAGGGGCCUUCGGCAUCGAAUUCCUCAAAGGAUUUCGGGUGAUCCUGGAGGAGCUGAAGUCAGAGGGACGGCAGUGCCAGCAGCUCAUCCUCAAGGACCCCAAGCAGCUCAACAGUAGCUUCAGGAGAAUGGGAAUGGAAUCUCAGCCUUUCCUGAACAUGAAAUUCGAAACGGAUUACUUUGUCAAGAUUGUCCCUUUCCCUUCCACUAAAAAUGAAAGCAAUUACCACCCUUUCUUCUUCCGAACCCGAGCCUGUGACCUGUUGCUCCAGCCGGACAACCUGGCCUGCAAACCCUUCUGGAAGCCUCGGAACCUGAACAUUACCCAGCAUGGCUCCGACCUGCAGGUGUCCUUCGACCAUGCGCCACACAGCUUUGGCUUCCGCUUAUUCUCUCUUCAUUACAAGCUCAAGCACGAAGGACCCUUCAAGCGAAAGACCUGUAAGCAGGAGCAGAAUGUGGAGAUAACCAGCUGCCUCCUUCAGAAUGUUUCUCCGGGGGAUUAUAUCAUUGAGCUGGUAGAUGACACUAACACGACAAGAAAAGUGAUGCAUUAUGCCUUCAAGCCAGUGCAUUCCCCGUGGGCAGGGCCCAUCAGGGCUGUGGCCAUCACCGUGCCGCUGGUCGUCAUUUCGGCGUUUGCAACCCUUUUCACUGUGAUGUGCCGCAAGAAGCAGCAAGAAAACAUAUAUUCACAUUUGGACGAGGAGAGCUCUGAGACCUCCACGUACACGGCGGCUCUCCCCAGGGAGCGGCUACAGCCACGGCCCAAGGUCUUCCUGUGCUAUUCCAGCAAAGAUGGCCAGAAUCACAUGAACGUCGUCCAGUGCUUCGCCUACUUCCUCCAGGACUUCUGCGGCUGUGAGGUGGCUCUGGACCUGUGGGAAGAUUUGAGUCUCUGUAGAGAGGGGCAGCGGGCGUGGGUCUUCCAGAAGAUCCAUGAGGCCCAGUUCAUUAUCGUGGUGUGCUCCAAAGGCAUGAAGUACUUUGUGGACAAGAAGAACUACAAGCACAAAGGCAGUGGCUCGGGGAAGGGGGAACUCUUCCUAGUGGCUGUGGCUGCCAUCGCGGAGAAGCUCCGCCAGGCCAAGCAGGGCUCCUCUGGGGCACUCAGCAAGUUCAUUACCGUUUACUUUGACUAUUCCUGUGAAGGAGAUGUCCCCGGUGUCCUGGACCUGAGUACCAAGUACAAACUCAUGGACAAUCUCCCUCAGCUCUGUUCGCACCUGCACUCCUGUGACCCUGGCUUGCAGGAGCCGGCGCAGCAUCCGGGAUCCAGCAGCAACAGGCGGAACUACUUUCGGAGCAAGGCCGGCCGCUCCCUGUAUGUCGCCAUUUGCAACAUGCAUCAGUUUAUCGACGAGGAGCCCGACUGGUUUGAGAAGCAGUUCGUCCCCUUCCAUCCACACCCACUGCGCUACCGGGAGCCAGUCUUGGAAAAGUUUGACUCGGGCUUGGUCUUAAACGAUGUCAUGGGUAAAUCAGGGCCCGAGAACGACUUCUGCCUCAAGGCCGAGGUCACUGCUCUUGGAAUCCCUGGGCGGGUCGACUCACAUCCGGAGAUCCAGCCGGGAAACCCAGACGAAGACAUGGAGGCCCAGUCCACCGUCAUGGACAGUGGCUCUGCCCUGCCACCCCUGUUUCACUUGGGGAAAGCCGGCAGCCCUUCAGACAUGCCACGGGACUCGGGCAUCUAUGAUUCGUCUGUGCCCUCGUCGGAGCUUUCCCUGCCGCUGAUGGAAGGACUCUCAGUUGAUCAGACAGAAACGUCUUCGUUGACUGAGAGCAUGUCGUCGUCCUCAGGUUUGGGUGAGGAAGAGCCUCCCGUCCUCCCUUCCAAGCUCUUCGCCUCUGGGGUGUGCAAAGCAGAGCUUGGCUGCCAUGUCUACACUGAUGACCUCCACACGGUUGCCCCUUUGUAACAGAAUGGGAGUCCAAAGCAUUGCCACUUUAGCUGUCACCUCUCUGGCUCCUCGGUUCAUCUCUGGCUGCAUAUCCCACUGGAGCUGAGGUCUCAUCCAAGGAUAGUUGGAGUGAAGUUCCAGCCACCACUCGCUCCCCUUUGCUCCAGCCCUCUAAUGAACAGCUUGGCAAAGUCUCCCACUCUCUGAAGCCCUGUGGGCAGACCUCUGCAAGGUAUGUUUGUGUGGUCUGACAGCAGCUUGCCACACUGGGCCAGGCUUUGGACCAGAGCCUGCGCUGGGACAGAGAGGGGAAACAUGGAAAGAGAAAAAGGAAAAUAUCUGCUCUGAUUAUUCAGACGUCACUGUACUCCGUGGACGCUCCCUGUUGGCUACGUGGAUUGGAAAUGCUUUGUGGAAAAAGCACUUUGUCUCUCCUGACAGCCACAGAUAUCGAGCUCUGGUCUAUCUGGAGCCUGUGAUGUGUUGCAGAUGAUGUUCCUGGCCCAUUCUGAGAUGAAACUGACUAUACCAUGGAUGUUAACUAAGCUGGGAGCCAGAGGCCAACAAAAUGACCGAAUGUGCAGUCAGCGCUCAUGCAACAAGCAUGACUAUCUAAGUGGGUGCCGAGACUGGCUGAGGUGGGGACCCCUGGGCCAGGCGGGGCAUCUGGACUGUCUCGUCUGAGAUGGGUUGGUCCAUGUGCAGGGGGCCCAUGUGUAGCACCUCCCUUGGUCUGAGGAGGCGUGAUACAGGUGCCAAAGCUGCCGGCCACAUCUCUCUGGCUUGGAUUUACUGUGUUGUAUCUCAGAUGUUGGUGUCUGGAAGUUUCUUUUAUGGAACGGACACCCAGCUGGAUGGUAUUUGUUGGGAGUUGGGAAUUUGUGCUUCGGUCGGCUGUUUGUGUUCUGAAUAUUUGGGAUGAGAAUCCUUGAGCUUCAGCAGUGUAGGGAGGUGGUGGCUCGGUAAUCUGACCUGGUUUUGAUGACUUGACCAAUGUGGAUUUUUUUUUUAAAUGAAGGUGAGAAAGAAACUGUCACAGAAGUAAAUACUCUGUUUUUGUGAAUGACUUCUCUGCAAAAUUUCCAUUUCCA